UUUUUCUUUCGGUUAUCUUAACAAAUAAAAAAAAGUGUAUAAAAUCAAAUUAAAUUGUAUAUAUCGCAACUCUGAUGGACAAGAUACGGGACACGUUUGGUCGCUUUUUCUCAAAGAACUCCGACCAGGCGCCUGGGCAACACACCGCCGAGGCAAUCGAGGAGGAGCUGAAACGUAAGGAUGUGAUCGAUCUAAUGCAGCAGCAGCGUCACCAGGACCACAAACAAGAUGACGAACAGAACAAAAAGCAUAAGUCGCAGGACGGCAAGAAACCACCAACGCUGAAGCCCAAGGACGACAUGCUAAAAGACGACGUGAAAGCGAGUCAGGCAAAUAUCUAUGAAAUAGCAACGACCAAUUUGUCGGAGCAACAUGAGUUCGCCAGUUCUGACACUAGCCAACAGGCGACAAUUGAUUACGAGAUGGAAUUUGUCGACUUCAUCAAUCGGAAUACGCCGCCCGGUUUCGGCAUUAAAUUGCAGAAAAUGAUGCCCUAUCUCGGCGCCAGCUUCGUGGCCUGGCCCAGCUAUUGGAUGUGGCGUGGCUUCAACUGGCAGACGAGACGUCGAACCGAACGGAUUGGCAUGUACAUACAAAGGACCUUUCAGCAUGCUAAACUCAUGCAGGUGGCCAUAUUGAGCGUCGGCUUGCUCAUGGCCACCACGGCACGUGGCUCAACGGACUCGUUAGAGGUGCACGAGGUGUCCUACAAGUUACCGAGAAACCAAAACUGAAAACUGAAA